GUCCUAUACAGCACUCGCAGGGUCUAUCGCGGGCGACGAAAAGAAAUUUUUUGCAGACGCCUUGAAAAGCGUAGAGCCUGCGCUCGUCGGUAAAUUCUUGUACAGACAGCACUUCGCUGCUGGGGCGCAUGGCAAAUGCAAGUAUUCGUGCCUCGACUCAAGAUUUAUUUCCUCCAAAAUUGCCUUGUGAUUCGUGCCUUCUCGUGAUGUCUCCAAAAUUUGUUUGUGAUGAAGAAACAUACUACUCCUUGCUUUCGGCUCUCGUCGAAACUUUAUGAAGGAGAAGUUUUAGCACUUUGGGUGCAACAAGGAAAACAGCAUGACUCAACAUCUCUUCAACUUUUUUAAAUUACGCUACUUGUGAAGAAUAACGACCGACUGCCAUUCUCAAAAAUGUUACCUAAUCUCUACGACCAGCGAAGCCGAGCGGGAAAAAAUAAGCAAGCCCCGCCCUCCCUCGCGCAGCAUCCCGAAAAAACUACCGGAAGACCACAACUCCAGGCCGGGGUUAGUUUAGUGACCGGCCCUGCCGCGCGACCACUCCCAUCGCAAGAUCCGAACAAGCACUACGAUGCGCUGGGGCGGGAAGUCGCGGCCACUUCGUAUUUGGACAACCAGGACUUAUCCCGCUUUGGCCCCGACCGGUCAAAGCCGGCGACCGUGCUCAGUUUGGAAUACGGAAAUAAAUACGGCAAUAAGAAUACGAAUUUGCGCGCCAGACCGAUUGAGAAUUUCCAAAGAGCUGCCACUGCACCGAGAAAUGCCGCCGCCGCGUCCUCGCCGAGUGGGAGGAGGGAAAAUCAAAAUAGGCGAGGACCUCCGGGGGAGGAAGCAGACAACUUUUGGAAACAGCCGAUGGAAAUCCACAACUACAGCCCGGGAGGACCACAACAACAACAGCAGCAGCAGCCGUCGGAAUUACUCCAGCGGAAGGCGGCUGAAUUGAAUAAGACCCCAAAUGUGAUGGACAAGGUAAAUAGACGUUCUAAGAAGUCUAUUCAGAAGAACAACUACCUCUACGGCUCCAGCCCCGAAACGAGCGAGACGGAGCAACUUUUACCGAAGCACGCGAGAAAGGACGGGAGUCCUAAUGACCAGAAGCGGCAGAAGAUGCGCGACGAGAGCGGAGAUCUUCAGGGUAUGACCAACCGAAGGAAUGAGGUGGCUCACCAAGCGGGCCGCGCGGGGCCACCACAACAAGCCGACUACAACCAGGCCGCGAAAGAAUUGCAACGGGGCAAUGCGGACGGAGUCAGUGUCCCCGGACGGAGUUCUUCAAAUAGCGGGUCGUUUUCUUACGCAAAGCCGCAGAGUGGUCGCGCGGGGGAUUCGGCGAACAUCAAUCCCGGGUCGCGGAAGACCGACGACGCACCGGACCCUUCGAAGUAUUUCGGGCCCAUGCUAUCGUAUUCAAAAACGUCCCCACCCCGUGGUUGUAAUGCAAAUCUGCAUGCUGAAAAAUUUUCUCAUGCGGAGCCCCAUGAGAAGCAUUUUCUCUUCGUGUUUUGCAAUUUGUCAUGCUCCAUUCAGCAUAACAUACUAGAUCCGUGAUGCUGCUGAGCUAGCUCGAACAGCACUACCCUACGAGCCCAGAUUUGUCAUGCAAGACAGCCAAAACUUGUGGCCUUGUCUAGCCGGCUCGCCAUCUUGAUUAUGAUGUGGGGACGUUUCUACAUGGGAUACAUGCGUACCGUGACCGCGGUGCUGGAAGCGAAGGAGAAAUUUACCAGCGGGCGAGCACACAUGAAACGCGACGACGGGUACGGAUCGGCUUACAACAGCAAUAGGAGGACGACGGAGAACUACGGCCACGACGAUGCUUUUUCUUCCGAAGCCUUCGAGUACAGCCGGUCGCCGUCCAAGGCUUCGAAAAGCACCGCCGACGACAGUCCUUCCGCUCUUUCCGCAUCGAGGACGAGGAAACGGGGGAAACGGGCGACCCACAAAUCACAUUCCGACGCACCGCUGCCAGUACCAAGAACCACGUCGGACCACGUUUCCUCUGCCUCCGAGGAUGAGGAGGCUCUGCUGUCUGCCAUGCUGAUCCACGCGCCCGAAGCCAUGUCGUCCCGCGGGAUGAAGCUGCAAAGCUGCCGGAACAACGUGUCCCGGAAAUCCAUGGUGGGAGCGAACGAGGAUAAUCGAAAAUCACAGCGGAAAGAGUUCAUGCUGAAGGAAGACGUCUUACGGGACGUCGUCCGCCAAAAAAACGCCACGCUGUACUCGUUCGACGACGCUCAAGUGGACAAUUAUUUCUACGCGGAGUUUUUCUGGAAGGUGUUCUGGUGGAGCUUAAUCCCACCUCUGUUCCUUUUCUCCUGGAUGUGCUGUUGCUUUUGCCGGAAACGGUACGAGGGCCAAAACCAGUACCAGCACGCGAAGUUGAUUGCGUGUCCGAAAUACGGGAUCGUGGUGAUUUACGGUUUGACAGCCGAAACAGCGGAGACCGCGGCCGACAUUAUGGCGAACAAGCGGUACACAAACGAGUUGCUACUCUUAUCCCGCUCGAUCGUUUCUGCCAAAGUGGUCCACGGGUCGGUAGUCGCGGGUUCCACCCCUUUGUGCUUCCCAAAUCCAGAGGAGGUUUGCAGCAGAGUGGAGAUCACCGUGAAGAAUCUUUCGGACCCUUUGGUGUUGCUCGGAUUAGAGGAGCCGGUGAUGUUCUGUGACACGAUUAACAACACGCUGGUGAAUUACGACCAGACAUCGGAAGUUCUCGGGACGAACAAGGGCCCAAAAGCGGAGGCGAAAGCCGCAGCCAAGGCGGCGGCCUUGGCAAAAGCCGCGGCCGCGAAGGAAAAAGCGCUAGAGAAUGCGCGGGCUCUCGGCUUGGUGCAGACCGGCGACACGGGCGGGGGCGUGAUGGGGAAGAUGGGGAAAAUGAACAAAGGGAAUAAAAAGGGGAUGGGGAAACCGGGGAAUUUGAAUGAUGGCAGCACUGGUGGAACGGGUGCGAGAAGACCCCGGAAUUCGGCGGCGCGGGCGGACCUGAAUGACGAGGAAAAUAAUUGGGAAAACGAGGAGCGCAUGAGCGGGUUUGACGAUCAGGAGCAGGAGUGGACGGAUGGGAACUACGGCAAGGACGACCACAACUAUGAUCAGUGGUGGGACGAAAAUGGCGCGGUGGAGGACGGACCUUCGGAACACGUCAUGUUCAACAGCACGGACAGUGCGAUGACCUUGGCGGGGGCCAACAGUGGCCACUCGGAAGCGGGCGUCGGCAGCAUGGACCAGCAGGUCGGGAGCGGUACGACUAUCAAAUGUAAAAAUGUCUGAGUCUGGAAGAAUGCAACUUGUCAUGCUAAAUCUGAAGCAUGCAAAGAUCUGUGUUGCAUGAUUACCAAAUGUCGUCCAGUUUUGACCAAGUCGGGAGGGAGUUUCCUAUGCAGGAUAGGCAUGAGAAAGAUCGCGCAGAAUCUGUCAUGCUAGGUCCUGCAUUCCAGACCUCAUGGGUCAUGGAAAAGCUGCAUGACAAAUCGCGCACUCUUCCAGACCCAAAGACUUUUACAUUUGAUAACGACCACGGCCGUGCAAAGUGGCGACCAUGCGGCGAUCGAUUUAAUGCACGAAGACACGAUUGAUCCGGAUGAACAAACACAGUCCGAGGGGCCGGUGUCCGAAGGGGAAACGGUGUUGCAGCACGGGGUGGACGUAUGAAAGGGAGAAAAUAGCGUUGGAGAGUUCAUCAUUAAGUGGAAGUUUUGUUUUGCAUUUCGAAAGAGUAAAGUACACUCGGCCCAGCGAUAGCGGGUUUAAUAUUAACCGCACUGUGUCAAUGCAUGAAAUAAUGGCUGUGUGAAAAAGAAUUCUCUCAGCGCUUUUUUCUAUCCAUAAUCCGAAGUUGUCACGCAGAAUGUAGUACCGGCGAUUGAUAUUCCGGCCCAAGCCAUUGCCAUUAUCCCGAUCGAGCACGUGUUUUCCACGCAGACGAAUUCUAGUACGGAUCGAAAAGUAGUCCUCUUGCACUUGGAAAUUAGUGUUUGGCAUGCUGGGAUUACUUUAUUAGAAGCGAUGCGCUUCUCUGUACUGAAGCUUUUAUUGCAGGAAGGCAUGCAUGGCAUGACAAUCGCACGACAAAAGAACCACGAGCAUGAACUGUAAUGGAACGUUUGCACGCCAAACACUGAGACAGCAAGUGCGUAGUUUUUCUACUCCAUACCAUCUGACGCGGGGAAUUCAGCGGACAACAUGGUGUAGGAGAGCUCUCGGAGAAGAAGUUUGUAUUGCACAAGCGUGCAACUACAUGAGUGCCUGCGUUCUUCGUGCGGUAAGCCAGGGUGGAGCAAAUUCAAGUGCCUGCACGCCAGAACGAAAUGAGAACCAAAAAGUAGUUUGUUUUGAAAAAAGUUUCGAGAAUUUCAACCGAUUUUUCUUGACGAAAAGAAUCUGAGUACAGUAGUGAUAGACAAAUUUUCGACGCACAUCACGAGUUUAGUUUUGACAUACGAGCUAUAAUAGUUCAUUUUCAUCUUAAUUUUUCUCCAUGGAAAUAUACAUAGCAUCGGAAUUUCCGAUCUACUACUACGUUUUACUGUUUGUACUAAUCUCCAUAAUUGCAGAAUCAGAUUUUAUUUCCGAUCUUUUACGGAUAUUUUUCUGACAUCCAUGCCGCUAUCAGGCAGUAUUGAAUCGAAAAUUUUCGAUCUAUUCUACCUGCAGAACCUUCGCCGAGCGAAGUGAGGAGCAGUGUUAACGUUAUGGAAACAUCUGAAAGGAACUACUAAAGCCAUAAGCUGCUUUGUGUGCGCUCUAGGUGUGCUGAACUGAGGGAAGCCGCUUCGCUCUUGUUCCGGGCCUGUUUGAAAGCGUGGGCAAGAUGACUUUCACCGGGAAGACCAGGAGGGCAAGAAGUGAUAGGAGACGAGAGCGAGGGUGUUACGCCUCAUGAGGUUAAUGUGAGAGAGUUGCGAGUGGAAAAGGGUACAGUUGUGUAGAUUGCCUGUCCGAGAGAACGGC